CUUCAGAGGAAGAGGAACGCGCUGUAACAGAGAAAGCGUUCCAGUAAACUGCUCUAUCUGCCUGCAGACUGCAUGCCACUCAGUCCCCACAGUCAACUACCCUCCGUGGUUCUUGCUUCCGCUACAUUGUUCUGAGGAAGGGAUGAGCUUAUAUGCGCACGUCAAAUCACUGCUUCCACCCGUGUGUGUGCGCGCUGCGGGCUUCACCACAUAGUCCUCGUUUUUCCCACGCAGGGAUUGCCACCCAAAAGCAACGUGAAGUUGGUUGCAACAUCAGCGUACAGUACAACAGGCUCGCUCCACGGAAUAAAAGCUCAUCUGUCUGGGAGCGCCGCUGGGAGAAGCCCAGACACAUUCCACCUGUAACCCUGAUGAUUGAAUAAUUGGCAAUGAAAGAGGGAAAAGACCCCUCACCAAGAUGACCUCAUGCACUGUGUAGACAUGAGAGGACCAAGGAGCACCUGAAGAUGUCCCAGAAGACAACUAAAACAUGGUGCCUUAGGCUUUUCCCAGUUCUCCUCUUCUUCAUCUCCUUCAUCACAUACUACUGUUCCUAUGCCAUAAUCCAGAGUUACGGAGGCACCAGCAAGUCUCCGAACAGUAGCAAGUCGCUGUGUGGCGGCUGGCUAACCCAGAAGAAGUGGGAGAGCCUUAACUUUAACAUUAGCAGGCAGACAAAGCUCUUUCUGGAACUGGAGGAUUUCUUCUGGCGGGAGCAUCUGUCUAAGCUGCCAUUACCGUAUGGCAUUAAGGGCAGUGAGCUGCUGCUGCUAAAAGUUCUUGCUGUAACUGCAAAUUACCAGGAGCCAACCAUCACAGAAAAACUUGAAUGCAGAACCUGUGUAGUCAUAGGAAACGGCUUUGCCAUAAAAAACAGCUCCUUGGGAAGCAUCAUCAACAAAUAUGACGUGGUCAUUCGGUUGAACGAUGCCCCGGUAAGAGGCUACGAGGAUGACGUGGGGAACAAGACCACCAUGAGGUUCUUCUACCCGGAGUCGGCUUCUUACAACCCGGGACUACACAACGAGCCGAGCACACUUAUGGUCCUUGUGCCUUUCAAGCUGCAAGAUCUACGGUGGCUUAAAGAGAUCCUUUAUAAUGAGAAGAGGGUCAGGAAAGGCUUUUGGAAGCCGCCUCCCCAGAUCUGGUUGGGUGACGUCAGUAAAAUCAGAGUGCUGGACCCUCACUUUCUGCACCAGACUGCAGACAGACUACUCCAGAUCCCUCUCUACCCCAAGAGCAAACAGCCAGUGCAUCCCACCACGGGUUUACUCGCUGUGUUUGUAUCUCUCAACUACUGUGAUGUGGUCCACAUUGCUGGUUUUGGGUACCCCAACUCAAAGAGCCAAAGACACCCUAUCCAUUACUAUGGCUAUGACACCAUGAAGUCUAUGAAGAACUCCUACCAUGACCUCAAUCAUGAGGCUGAAGCCUUAAAAAGACUGGAGGAUUCAGGAGCCAUUUUUUACCUGCACCCGCAUUUAUGAUACACAAUCUGGUUCAGUCAAUUUAACCCAAAAAAACGAUUGAACACCAAAUCACAUCUGAAUCCUGGUUUGAUCCAGAUCAGAUCUUAAUGUGCCUUCUGCAUUAGGAUCAGACAAUUGCUGGAUCACUUAGUCCUCCUUUUGUAACAUGAGUGUCAGAGGUGUAUCUCUGGAGAAUGUUAUCACUGGCACCUUAUAUUUCCUAUGAUUUCUCAAGUAGAGUAACCUUAGCACUUUGUAAGAUGUUUAAAGGUUUGUAACAACUUGCACAGUUGUACCUAUUCAUGGUGAAACCACGUGUAUGUUUGUUAUAACACUUUUCUGGGAAAACAUUUGUGUCUGAUUGUGUUGGAUGUCGGAUAAUUCCAAUGAUGUUUGUUUUAAGGUCAUGUAACAGGGGUUUUAAAUGCUGCAUCACGGGAGCAUUUUAUAUCUACGGCGCAAAUGUUUGCUUUUUUUGGGCCAUUUUUGCCUUUAUUGGGUAGAACAGCUGAAGAGAGCAAGAAAUGUUGGGAGGAGAGAGUGGGGGAUGAUGACAUGCAGCAAAGUGCGGGGAGGGAUUCGAACCCACAGCCGCUGCUAUGAGGACAAUAGCCCCUGUACUUGGGGCACGCAACAUAACCGCCUCUUUUUUUUGUCCAGAGACUUCAUGGAUAUCAUUUAGCUGUGAAACGAAUCAUCCUACACUAUUCCUUUGUGAAUACACCUCAACAUGGUGUGACUUUAAUUUGAUGGGGUUUUUAAAUGAAGUCUGAAUCUUCUUGCUGUUGAACUUCAAUCUUAUUUACAGUUAAAUGGGGAUUUGUUUUUGUAAACUUCACUUUCAGUCUGUUUUAUUUUGAAUGAAUGGAAAAUGAAUUGAUCUAAAUCCUGAUAUGCAAUGUACACAGCUGGAGAAAAUUCAGUUUACUGUUAGAAUUCUUGGACUGGAAAUACUUCUUGUAUUUUGCUCAUUUUAUGAUGGUUUUCUAAUUUAUUUAAUCUUUUUUUUAAAUUGAAACAAUACUGGUAACUGGUACCACUGGAUGUUUUUUAUUGUACAGAAGUGAAUAAAUUUUUGAUUGAGGAGAUCAGAAUGAAAUUCA